GGUGGCUGAGCGGAUCAGCCAGCUUACCGAACAACAACUAUACCGAUCUUUUGUUUUUUUUUUCCUUUGUGGUAUCUUUUCCUUGUGUCAAGCUGAAGAGGGGAAAAUUAUGGUGCGGGUUGUUGCAUGGUAGAUAUGAUGUGCCAGCACACGGCGGCAGUAGGUGGAUGGAUGGAUGGUGGUGGCGGCGGGCGGCGGUAAUGUUUCCGGAGUGGUUUAUCUCCCUUGUUUUUUUCAUGUUUCCUUGGUUCUGUUUCUUCUUCGAACCAUUCUUGAUGUUGUUGCUGUUGCGCUUCGUUCAACUACCACUUCGCUUUGCGUUCGCUUUCGCUUUCGCUUUUGUUGCUCGAGCAGCAAGCAUUCUUGAGAUUGGAGACUGUACUAGAAUGAUACCCCCCCGACCUUCUGAUAUCCCAUUUUUAUUGUUGUUGUUGUUUUUGGGCCAGUUUGUAUCCAAUGUCUCCCGUUUUGGGGGGCUUGGAUGAGCCUGAGUGGUGGUGUUCAUAGUUAAUGCUUCUUCUGUUGUGGUACAUAGUACAAUUACACCUUUCUUCGAGCAACCUUGAUGUAUUAUUGGCUUGUUCUGUUAAUGUUGACGAGGUAUUGGAGAACACGAGCACAGUUGAGGUUGGGGACAGCAAAUACUUCGCUGAUAAUGAGAGCUUAGGUGACUACGCUAGAUGUGUAGGAGAAGGCAAUCCGGUAUUUCAUUUGGUUUCCAUACGUUCGUGUCAACGGGUACCUGCGUCGUAGCGAUCAUAGCCGAGUUGCCCGGGGUGUUCUUCUUCGCAUGUGAUACCCAUGGGAAGGCGGCGGUAGCAAGCGGCAGAUAUGCGGUGGAUCGAGUGAGCCUAUAUCCUAUGUGAAUGAGUGUAGAGUGAUGAAACAACCGGCGAGGAGCGUCAGCAUGGG